UCGUCUCGCAACGCCACCAACGGCACCACCACCAACGUGACCCCGUCUGGCGAACAAAACGCCGGCAAUAUGAACGACAUGCUCUUGCCCUCCCCCGUGCCCGCCACCUGCACCACCGGGCUCUCCCCGCGGACCACCGCCCGGAUAACUUCCUCU